UAUGGUACGGAUGUUUUAUCGGCAUGCACUCCAUUUUGUUUUCUCACGACUCUCACGAAGAAAAAUUUUUUAGCUACAGAAAUUUGUAAUUUUAAAAGAAUUGGACGAGCGCAGCGUCGAAUUUAAGUGCUUUCAAACCAAUUUCAAAUCAUGGGUCGCAAAAAGAAGAAGGCCUCCAAACCCUGGUGCUGGUACUGCAACCGUGAGUUCGACGAUGAAAAAAUCCUGGUGCAACAUCAAAAGGCCAAGCAUUUUAAGUGCCACAUAUGCCACAAAAAGCUGUAUACGGGUCCUGGUUUGUCCAUCCACUGUAUGCAAGUGCAUAAGGAGACGGUCGACAAGGUUCCCAACUCGUUGCCCAAUCGCUCAAACAUUGAAAUUGAAAUAUUUGGCAUGGACGGAAUACCAGUUGAGGACCUCAGGGAUCACGAGAAGCAGAAGAAUGGCGGAAAAUCUGAUUCCGACGAUGACGAGCCAGUGGCAAAGAAGAAAGUUGAAUAUUCCAUGAGCGUACCGCCACCCAUGAUGAUGCCACCGAAUAUGAUGCCCCCUCAUAUGCUGGGGCAAUAUGGCAUGGGAAUGAUGACACAUAUGCCGCCGUUGCCUCCUUACCCGGUACCCAUGAUGCCUCACAUGAUGCCGCCGCGUCCUCUGUUUCCAGCUGCGAUGGCGACUACCUCAGCAGCGGCUGCAGCGGCAGCGGCGCAUCAUCAUCACGCUGCCGCCAUGGCCCAGCAGAAGCCAACGUUUCCAGCUUACAGUAAUGCUACCAUAAGUGCUCCACCCACCACCAAUCAUGCUGGUGGCGCAUCAAGCGCACCACCAAGUGGCCCGCCCGAUGCACAACAGCAACAGAGCCGUCCGCCAGUUCCAAAUGCCACAUCAGGGGGCGGACCAGCGGCCGCUGUUAGCACAAAAAUUAUGCAUCCGCCGGAGGAUUCAAGUCUGGAAGAGUUACGUGCCCGCCAGCCCAAAUAUCAGGCGCGUCUCGCUAUUGCACUGGCCGCAGUCGCGAAUCUACACAGCAGAAAGAGCCCAAGCAAUAAUGGGUCCUCAUCAUCGAUGCCCGUCACACCGCCGCCUCCAUCGCUGGCUGGAAUUUCACCCACAGGCAGCAGUAGCAACAGCAGCCAUGCCGCCGCAAAUGCGAUUGCUGUCUCCACAGCCAUCUCAAAGGCCCAGGAAACCGCCGCAUUUGUGGCCGUGGCACAGGCUCAGGUCCAGGCGCAGGCUCAGGCCCAGGCACAGGCUCAGGCUCAAGCCCAGGCUCAGGCGCAUGUACAAGCGGCCCAGGCCCAAGCUCAAGCAGUGGUCCAAGCUCAGGUGCAGGCAGCUCACGUUGCCCAGGCUGUGGCUGCCCAGCAGCAGGCGGUACAACAGCAUCACCAGCAGCAGCAGCAGCAGCAGCAGCAGGCGGUACAACAGCAUGCGCAACAGCAAGCCCAGCAGCAGCAUCAGCAGCAGGUACAACAGCAACAGGACCAUAUCAAUCGGGCUGUGAUGCUUCAGCGUUUACAGGCUGUGCGGCAGCCGGGCAAUCCGGGCGCUGCUGCAGCAGCUGCGGCCGCCGCGGCUUGUGGCAUGAUGCCGUUGCCGGGGCACAUGCAGCUGAUGCAACCUAUGCUGAGACCGGCCAUGGCCAUUGGACCACAUGGAGCCCUGAUCGGUGGGAAUAUGUUGAGAGCUGCUGCGGGCCCGGGUCUGCACGGCAUGCCGGCAGGCCUUAUGCCAAUGCAGGCAAUUGGAUUGCCCGGAUUCAAUGGAGCACUGCCUGCGGGGGCCAUGCAUAUGCCUGGCAUGGGCGUAAUGCUGCAGGGUCAUCCGAAUAUGCUGCAGAUGAUGCAGCCGCGAUUCAGAUGAUGUCUGCCCGCAGCGCCGGGUCUGUUGCAGGCUCCAGCAACCCAGCCGCAACCGCAAUUGCAAGCGCAACCGCAGCCACAUCCUCAGCAUCUGCAUGCGCAGCAUCCUCGGCCAUAUCCCCGGCCAGCGACAACAUUGCAUCACCAGCCGCCAUUGUUGAGCCUACCGCUGCCAUUGCUGUUCCACGAAUGAUGCGGAGCGCAUGAUGGCCAGCCAUCAACUAAACUAAUCCAUCAUGACACCAAACAUCAGCUAAGCAAAGCAGUCAAUCGUCAGCAAGCAAGUUUUUUGAAAACUCCAACCAAAGUCAAGUUCUUUUUUCAAUGUAUAACAGUUUUUGAGACACACACCACCAACAGCCACAUAUACACACACACAGAUCAUAACACCACGCUAUCCACUAACCAGCGGUUAUGCGUAGUAAAUCAUUCGAUGUUAUAUAUAUGUAUAUGUAUAUAUAUAUAUAUAUAUAUAUCUAUAUAUAAAAUAUUUGGUUUAUUUAAUGCACUCCUUGCCUUUGUUCUGUUUUAAAGCGAUCAAAAUUGUUUAAUUUUCGACUAAUCCGAUUUAAUCAAUGUCUAUGAAUACAUGUACAUACCUAUUUGUGUUCUUUGUAUAACGCAAUGUAUAACACAACCUCACACGCAUACACACACUGCUAACACACACACCUAUACCCACACAUAUGCCCCUUAAACACUAUUGAAAAAAACCUCCUUCAUCUGAAGCUAUUUUGCUGUGCUGUAGAUCUCUUUCUCUAUAUGUAUCUAUAUAUCUGUAUAACCAGAAUAUUAAUCGUUGACAUUUUAUCUAUGUUGUCUAUUUUUUUUUAAAUUCUCUUUCUUUUUUUUAGUUUUAGUGAACAUAUAUAAUUUAAAUACGCCCACCCACACACACUCAAAUUGUUUUAUCAUGUAUUUUGCUAACAAAAAAAACGAAAAGAAAAACCAAGAGAAAAUCUUCA